AUGGCCUGGACAGGUUACCAGAAGUUCCUAGCUGCUAUGCUAGUAGUUACGGGGUCCAUUAACUCCCUGAGUACCAAAUGGGCUGACAAAUUGCAAGCCAAGGGCUCUGAUGGACAGAUACGUGAAUUUGAACAUCCGUUCCUUCAGGCGGCGGCCAUGUUUCUCGGAGAGAUGCUGUGCCUGCUGACAUUUAAGCUGAUCUACUAUAAGACGAAGAAUACUGGAGGGCAUGCUCUUACCAAUGGCAAUCAGAACUUCAACCCGUUCAUCCUAAUGCCGGCUGCAAUGUUUGACUUGAUUGGAACGUCGAUCAUGUACAUCGGUUUGACGCUGACCUACGUGAGCAGCUUCCAAAUGUUCAGAGGGUCUAUCAUCAUAUUUGUUGCCGUGCUGUCCAUGACUUUCCUGGACAGAAGAAUAAUACGACGCGAGUGGGCUGGCAUUGGGUUCGUUAUCAUUGGUCUAAUAGUGGUUGGUGUAACGGAUGCCCUGUACCAAUCAGCUGGCGAGGCCAAAGGUAGGAACAGCCUAAUCACCGGAGACCUGCUCAUCAUCGUCGCCCAAGUAAUCUCAGCCUGCCAAAUGGUGUACGAAGAGAAAUACGUCGCUGGUCUUAACAUUCCACCUCUGCAAGCUGUAGGAUGGGAAGGUGUCUUCGGUUUCUCGGUACUGUCUUCGCUCCUGGUCGUGUUCUACUGGACUCCUGCCCCUCCUCACUUUGGCAACAAUGCUCGAGGCACCGUCGAAGAUGCUAUUGAUGGACUGGUACAAAUCGGCAACAACCCCCUGAUCUUGGUAGCAACUUUGGGCACUAUCAUUUCUAUUGCGUUCUUCAACUUUGCCGGUAUCAGCGUCACCAAGGAAAUGUCGGCUACUACUCGAAUGGUCCUGGAUUCUAUCAGAACGUUCGUGAUUUGGAUGGUGUCUCUGGCGGUGAGGUGGCAAACUUUCCACUGGCAGCAUCUGAUCGGGUUUGCCAUCCUGAUCUUUGGCUUGUGCGAAUACAAUGGCGUUGUACCUCGAUGCCGUCGCGCCACUCCAGAGCCUCUCGCUGACGAUGCCGAGAGCCAGGCCGUCGUCACCGAGCCUGAACCGACAGAUCACGAUACAGAGGAACAAUAG